AUGUCUUGUCGUCAUUAUCCACUUAAUGGAAUGUUGAUUCGACUCUUUGUGUUAUGCGUAUUUUUUAUAGCAUUCAUAGAUGUUUUCGAAUGUAGCAAAGCUGAAAAUAAGUUAUACAGAGAUAUACUAAGCGGGUAUUUGAAGUUAGCCAGACCUGUUAGAUACCCAAGGAAUGUACUCAAAGUUCAUAUGAAAGUUUUUCUCCAGCAGAUUUUGAACUUGGAUGGACAAAACCAGAUAAUAGAAGUCAACGCCUGGCUCAAAUACGUUUGGAUGGAUUACCGUUUACAAUGGGAUCCGUUACAGUAUGACAAUAUUACAAGUAUCCGAUUCGCUGGCGGUGAAAACCAAAUCUGGAGACCUGAUAUAUUGCUUUAUAAUAGUGCUAGUGAAGACUUUGACUCGUCUUUCAAAUCCAAUGAGGUCGUUUAUAACACCGGAGAGGUUAAUUGGAUUCCUCCGGGCAUUUUUCGCGCAAGUUGCAAAAUGGAUAUCACCUACUUUCCUUUCGAUGAUCAGGUAUGUUAUUUGAAAUUCGGUUCUUGGACAUAUCACGGGUUGGCCCUGGACUUGAGUAUCGUAGCUGAAGAAGAUGAAGACGAGUUUUCAAUUGAUUUAUCCACAUAUACACCAAGUGGGGAGUGGCAUCUUACCAAGGCUCCUGCUGUGAAAGAUGUAAAAUUCAAUUCGUGUUGCAAAGAACCUUACUCAACUGUCACAUUCUACAUGUUUCUGAGACGACGAACUCUGUUCUAUUUAUUCAAUAUUAUUCUUCCGUCUCUUCUGAUCUCAAUAAUGACACUGAUGGGAUUCUGUCUGCCAGCUCACGACAUGUCUGAAAAAAUUGGAUAUCAAACCACAAUUUUGCUAUCAAUUUGUUUCUUUGUGACCAUUGUAAGUGAAAUGACACCGCCCACUUCUGAAUCAGUACCUCUAUUAGGAAUGUUCUUCUCUUCACUCACACUCAUUAGCUCUGUGUCCACUGCAUUCACCAUUACGGUACUGAAUUUCCGAUACAGACAGGUCCAGAACAUACACAUGCACCCACUGUUCUAUAAAGUGUUUUUGAUUUGGAUUCCAUGGCUACUUCUUAUGAAACGUCCUGGCGUUUUCUAUAAGAAGCGGAGAGCAACUGUGCAAGCCAGAGAGGAGAUUUCUUUUUUUGACAACGGAGAUGAUGAUUGUUGCCCCAAAUUCCCAACUCCCGAGUUCGACUACUCCCUUUCCAUUGACAGCGCCGACACCCUUCCGCUUCCACCUCGUCCAAAGCCACUACUCAAAAAGAUGCAUAGCGUUCCUGCCGAGCAUCUGCAUCUAGAUAGGAAAGUGGGCGACGGAAUUCUGAAGAGUCAACGACGACCGUUGGUUUUAACAAAGAACGUCAACAAAAGUCAUUCAUUACGAAGUCGACGUUUUACCCAGUUUGAGAAGUACAUCAAAAAAUGCAUUGACGACGCAAAACUAAGAAAAAACUCCACGUACUCUACCUACUCGAUGAUGAUAAUCACGUACUACCGGCAAAUAGAUGAGAUGUUGAAACUACUGAAUCGUCGUCUAGAUAAGCAGAGAAAAUAUUUGUUCAAGCAAGAGGAUUGGAAAUUUGCAGCAAUGGCUCUAGACAGAUUGUGCCUUCUUUUGAUCACAAUUCUGAUAAUAAUGUGUCUGUUUGGUAUGAUAAUGUCGACGCCUCACUUUGAACCAUAG